AUGAUAACGAGAUAUCAGAGAGUAUUCAUCUUCUUAUCUGCAUGCAGCGCGUGGAAACCCAAAACAGAACCCAACUUCAAUGAUGGCAGCUCUCGUAUCGAAUGCAAAGAAGGCGAUCGCUUCGACGGAACUUGUGAAGAUCUGCAAGUUUGUAUUGAUCAGGGACUCUGUGAUCAUGGACAAGAUCCAUGGGAGAACGCGAUUUGUACAAGCUUAAAUGACGAAUUGAAGUGCUUCUAUCAAUCCGACUUAAAAUAUAGUGUAUUUGGAUAUGAUCAUCGGCCAUGCGAAAAAGGGCGUAAAACGGUUUUGGAAAUAUUCAAUAACGACUUUUUCACUUAUCGUGACUGUGAAGGGAUAGAUGAAUGCUUAGCAAAUCCCUGCGGUGAAAACUCAUUUUGUAUUGAUCGUUAUAUCGGAUAUGAAUGCUUUUGUCUUCGUGGAUACGAAUAUGAUGAAAUCCAAGGCAAAUGUGUUGAUGAGAACGAAUGUAAAUUUGGGUGGGACUCCUGUGGCAUUUUUCAAAAUUGCAUAAAUACUAUUGGAUCUUACGAGUGUCAAUGCAUGGAAAAAUAUCAAUGCUUCUGCGAUCCAAAACACGAGUUUGAUAAUGAGCAAAGCGAUUGUGAGGACGAACCAUUUCCGGAAAUAAUUUGUAAUGAUAACCACCCGAAUAAUACCGAUAAUUGGACAUGUGUUGAUAUUAAUUAUUGCUUUGAUCAUGGACUAUGUUAUGGAAUGAAUAAAACUGAGGCCGAACAUUCUGCUAUAUGUGCUCAUAAUAAUGACACCUUCCUCUGCACUGGUUCUUCAAAAUGUGAAGAAGGCUUCCUGCCAGCAGUUCAUUUUGAAGGCUCCAAUGUCAUCAAAAGCUGCCUCGAUAUUGAUGAAUGUGUUCAUGGCUUACACGAUUGCGAAGGAGGCUCAAAAUGUAUUAACACUAAUGGAAGCUAUAAGUGUGAUUGCAAAGAGGAACCAUUAGAACCGUCUUCUAGUGAUGGAUGGGAAGUAUGGGAAAGAUACCAACAAGAAUUCACCUACAACUAUUUUUAUCCCCCAACCUACAAUCAAAUGACGAAGAGUUGUGAGGAAUACGAUCAUUGUACAUCUUCUCGGUGCAGGAAUGGUAUUUGUUCAAACACGGGCUCAAAAGUGAAGCCGUAUUUUGAGUGCUCAUGCUUUCCAGGAUACAUAGAAAAGAGAGGAUCUUGCGUAUUUGACUCUUCUCUCACGAAGAUUUGUGAAAGUGACGGACGAGAGUGUCAAUACAGAUGUAUCGAUGACAAAAAUGACGGGUCAAGAUGCCUUUGCCCUGAAGGAUAUAUUGAAGUUAAUGGACGUUGUGAAGAUAUAAAUGAAUGUGAGAAUUUUUUAAUUGCUCCUUCCGAAGAAAAUUGUGUCAAUCUUCACGGAUCUUAUCGAAAUUUAAACAUAUCUGAUUAUUUUUUGGAUUUCUGUUUUCCGGACGAACCAAACUACUAUUCUUAUGAAAGAUCAUCGAACUCAUGCGAUUUGAUGACUGAAUGUCCGCCAUAUUUUCCAGAUUGUCCAAACCGCAUUUCUUUCUAUUUUGUAAGUCUUCUGAAUAUAACAACGCCACAUCUCCAGUUCGUUGGCGAAAUUGCCCCUUCAAAAAUUGGUGGUGAAUAUAUUGAUCACAGCAUCGAUUUGUACAAAAAUGAAGAUUUGCCUGAAAAUAUGGAGAAUAUUAAAAAAAUCGUCAUCAAUCGCCGGAAUGAUACUUACGCCGAGCUUUACUUCAAUGGCACUUUACAUCAAUCUGACUUGGAUAACUGGAUGCCAUAUGUGAUUUACACAGCGACAGAUCAGAACACAUCAAAAGUCAUCCGAGAAGAAAUUUUUUAUUAUAAUUUUUUUGCGUCAAAAUAUGAUUUCUGA